GUCGGACGUGGUGGUGAUAGGAGUGCAAGAAUUAUGGUCGUGGCUGAAACACGGUGACCUGUUAUACCUCGGCUACGAUGAUUUUUAGGGUUGUGGUAACAACCAUCGUGUUGAGGAGUGUCUUGGUCACCGGCUACCUAGACUACACCUCACCCACAGGACAGACACUACACCCUCGUGCACAAGACGCUACCCAACCACACCACCAAGAUCUAGAUGCUUCUCAACCACACCAGGCUAGAGGGAACUUCUUUAGUGGCAGAAGUUACCUAACACUGGAAAAACUACAGCAGCGAUCUCCUGACCAGCUUCCUCAUCCUGGGGCCUUUGUGAGGGACCCAACAGUCGACGAGAGCGUGUCGCCCUACUGGGCAGACCCUGAUGGCCGGAGCCCUGUCAACCUCCCACCUAAUACCCUCCCGAGCCAACUUGCUCCAGGACCCAGCCAGUGUCCAAGAGAAUUAGAGGGACCGUGUAACGCCAGCGCCCUCUAUCGCACUAUCACAGGCCGCUGCAACAACCGAAUCUACCCUGAGUUUGGAAGCUCCGAGCAGCCGAUGCCUCGUAUCCUGCCACCGGUCUAUGACUUGGCGCUGAUGAGGAGGCGGUCAUCUUCAGGAGGUUUGUUGCCCAACCCUCGUGUGGUGAGUCUCCUUCUGCGAGAGGCGCCUGUCGAGAAGCCUCCUGCCCACACGGUCCUCCUCAUGCAGAUGGGACAGUUCAUUGACCACGAUCUGGUCCUCACUCGCAAGGUUUUAGAUGCCGAGAUCAAAAAGAAGUGCGAGGACUGCAGCUCUUGGAGAAACCCAGCCUGCGCCCCAAUACCUCUGCCUCUCCACGAUCCCUUCAUCUCUGCCACCGUAGACCAGACAGGCAAGCGACGGUGUCUCCCAGUCAUCAGGACGUUGGCAGACUGGAGGCCAGACAGUGCCAGUCAUAUGUCACUUCAACAGCGGAACUUCAACACAGCGUUCCUGGAUUUAUCUACUGUGUACGGGAGCACAGUGUGUCGACAAGAAGCGCUGAGGACCUACUCGGCGGGUUACCUUAAGGAGACCUACAAGGGCCUUCUACCGUUACUUCCAGCAGAGCUUUUCAUAGACUGUCGGACACCCCAACGACAGUGCUUCCUGGGUGGAGAUGACAGGGUGAACGAGCACUUGGCGCUGUUGGUGAUGCAUGCGCUGUACCUGAGGGAACACAACCGCCUCGCCAGGAAGCUGAAGACGAUCAACCCUCACUGGGACGACGAGAGACUCUAUCAGGAGGCGCGGAGGAUCAACAUUGCACAGUAUCAGAAUAUGAUCUACACUGAGUUUCUGCCAAUUUUUCUUGGGAAGACGAAAAUGAAAGAGUACAAACUAAAUCCCAGAAGCUUUGGAUACUAUCAGGAUUAUGACAACCAGGUCAACCCGGGGAUCUUGAAUGAGUUCGCCUCGGCAGCCUUCAGAGUGGGUCACACCAUGAUCCCUGACGACCUGAGGCUGGUAGACCGUCAUUACACACGGACGUCCUCGAUACCCCUUGUCCAAACCUUUGAGAACCCGUCUGCCAUCUUUGAGCCUGGUAAAUUCGAGGAGGUGUUGAGAGGUCUUGUGGGUACGAGGGUGAACGGUGUGGACCUUCGCUUGGUCGACACUAUCCUCAACCGACUGUUUGAGAACCUCGGUGUCCCCCACUCUGGCAAGGACCUCCUCGCCCUCAACAUAGCUCGAGGUCGUGAUCACGGGAUACCUCCAUACCACUUGUACGUCGCUGCUUGUGAAAAGAAAAAUAUAACUUUAUUUCGAGACCUAAAACAAUUCAUGCCUCCGGUCUCUCUUGAUCUCCUCAGAAAAAUUUACUCAAACGUGCAAGAUGUGGACCUCUCCGUUGGGGCCUUGGCGGAGGAAAGUCUACCAGAUGCUUUAAUUGGACCAACAUUUUCCUGCAUCAUAGCCUAUCAGUUCUACAACCUAAAGCGUGGAGACAGAUUUUGGUAUGAAAACGCCGACGCUGGUUUCUCCCACCAACAACUGCAGUCAAUUCGUAAGUCGACACUGGCGCGUGUUAUCUGUAACAACUUGGAUGACGUGAGGGCCAAGGCACCAGCAGAGGUCUUUAAUAUACUUAGCAAAAAGAAUCCUUUACAUCCGUGUGACGAACUCAGGGGGACACAAAUGAAGUUGUGGGCUGAAGAUCCUCGCCACAAGCCGAGGUUGUGUGUGUUCAAGGACCACUAUUAUCUACCAGGCAGAGUUGUGCCCUGGUCUCCUUGUAGGUACUGCGUCUGCCAACCUUCCGGUGAGAUGUUGUGUGGCGUUAACAAGUCUGGCUGCAAUCAUUCCAUCACUGACGAGCACUGCCGACAGGUGUGUCACAGGGACCAACCUAAGUCUCGUAAACAUGUUCAUGUUACUAAAGACUUGAGGAAAGUUUUGUUUGGUUAAUAAGUGACGUUAUAUAAAAUGGGAGACUUGCUGCAGCUGAUCCUGGGCUGGAGAAUCUCCAAGCUCCUGCAGGUGUACAGGACGUGGAUGUUUACCCCGGACCGGGCCCAGAGAGCCAGCCUUCUCACUAAAAGGAAGUACUAUUUUCAGAAUGCAUAAUCCAAGAGUAGAUAUAGAAAUAUGUAACUGGUAGCAGACCUGUAAAAUUGCAAAUAACUGUACAGUAUUUUAUUUUUUCUUGAAUGUAGAUCCAAAGUUUUGGCGCCCUCCACUGUAUUUACUGCACAAUGAUAAAUGUCGCCCGGAGCAUUCAGGUUUUAAUAUAUAAUGGCCUUGGUUAGUGAUGGUACUACAGGAA